UAAAAACGGAUUAAAAUGUUGUCAAAAACUCUAAUAGUGUUGCUAAUAGUAACAAUGGCAGUUGCAACAGAGAGUCCUGCUCUUUAACAAUUAAGAAAUAAAUUAGACUAAAAUGAUUAUAAUUCAUAAUUAGUUGAAAUGUUAGAAUUAAGUUUGGCUGGUGGAUAGUUGGAUAGAGUGUUUGAAUUAUUAUAAAAAAUGGUUGAUGAUUUGACAGGAUAAAUAAAUGCAGCAAAUCUAGAUCAUGCAUCAAGAAUGGCUAGCUUUGAAUAAAGUAUUGAACAAUUAGAAGCAAAUUUGGCAUCAAUAUAAAAUGAAGUUUAAACAAACAACAGAAAGGUUGGUGAAAUUACAUAAGCAAUUUCUACUUUAACCUCUACAAGUGUAGCUGUAAAAAAGCAAUUAGAAACAAUAAAUUAAAGAGAAGAAUAAAUAAGAGAUAACAGAUAAAAAGAAGUUUAAGCUAUGGAAACAAAGUAAUCAGCAAGUUCAAAGAUUUUGGCAGCUUUAGAAGAAAUACAUGACAGAUUAGUAAAAGCAGUUCUUUCAAAUACAGGAUCUUUUCUUGAAGAAAGUGAGAAAAAAGAAAUGAUUAAAUAAGUUAAAAAAGAAUUAGGUCAUAAACAUCCUUUAGCAUUGUUGUUAGAAUUUUCAUCUAAGUAUAAAAGAUAAAUUGCAAUUAUAGAUUUGAUGAAGCAACUGCAAAAAGAGCAAUUGAAUUAAUUGAACAAAUAAUUGAAUCUAUAAAGGAAGGAUAAUUAAAUAGAGAAGCAAAUCAAACAUCUGUAGAAGAAAACUUUAAUGCUUUAGUAAAUGAAGUAACUGUUGUUAGAGAUAAAUUAGAAUAAGAUAAUUAAAAAACAACCAGUGCUUUAAAAAACAAAUAAAAUGAUUUGGUAUAUGAAUCUUAUAUAUUAAUUAGAAAAUCAUUUAAAGAAGAAACAAAUAAUUAUCUAAAAAUUAAGAGAAUACUUAAUAAUUAUUAGAAACAAUAAGAGUCUAAAAAGAUUUAUAUGAUUCAAAUUUCAGAUCCAAUGCAAGUAAAAGAGAAGGCCAAUUGAAUUCGUUAAAGACUGCUUUAUAAAUUUUGAGAGACAACGAAUAAGCAUUGAAAAAAUGAUUUGAUUUAUUCACAAGAAAAAAACACGAUUAUUUUUUAUCAUCG